AUGGCAGCUUCCCCUAUCGACCUGGAGCGACCCUGUGGCAUCAAGGCGAUGCCUAACUACGACCGCUCUCACCUGGAAAGCAUCAGUGAUGAUUGCUGGCUGGGACCCGACGAAGCGCCAAUCAUCCCGCAGCGUGUCACUGACUACUCCCACAUCCACAACGCCAUAUUGCUGGGGAUGGGUUUAGAUACGCUCCCCAUGCAGCAGGACAUUGAGAAGUUGGCAACCAAGACCUGUCGAGCCAUACUUUUUCGUGGAAACGAUGGAAGACUCUUUGCUGGCUUUGAACUGCCCCGGGGUGAUGAAUUCCGUCAGUUACUCGAUGCGGUCAACAAAGACGGCCAGGAGGUCCAUAUCCUCACGAAAGGGCCGAUUCCUCGGGAUCCCAAGUCGAACGACAAGAAGCCGAAAUUCGAAGAGCGUAACCCAUUUCCCGCCAAAAUUCUCGUCGCUCUUCCAGCUGAAGUCGAUUUACCCUCAAGCUGUGACAUCUUUGCAGAAGUGUACCCCAGAAUAGUUGGCGCAGAAGAGUUGGACCUCCGGCUCAAAUUCAAAGACGAGACAUCGCAGACCAAACGCCACAUUGCGAGCUUCAGCGAGCACCUUGACGAAACCAAGUUACAACCCGGCGAGCAUGAAGCGAAUUCAGGUUAUGAGGAACACCACAUCCGCGAAAUGCAGAAGAGGCACCAAGCUGAGGGUGAUCUGUUCGCCACGAUCCUCUCGAAUACAAUUGGCAAGCUUGGCUCGUACAGCGAGCUCAUAAAAUCCUCCAUCAGGGCUCUUCCAGAUGGCAUCCUCAGCAUCGAAGCGUUCCCAGGAGCUGGGAAGACCACAGUGACAGCUGCCAUUGACGCAUUCCUUUGUCUGCUGUCCGAAAAGAUCAAGAUCGUCGUCAUUGCUGCACAGAAUGCUGCCCUAACCGGCAAUCUCUCCAACCGCCUGCGAGAAGCAGUCACCAACAUAAACAAGGAGCUGAGCCUUGACUCUUCUGGACACCAGAAGCAGCUCCCAUUGGUGCUUCGUGUGUUUGUCAGCCAUCACAAGGAGAUCAUUGAGCUCGUGCGCAUUGUCAAAUCAUGGUACAUGUGUGGCCCUGAUCCUGAGCGCCCAAAUACCCUCUGCGAGCUGCUGCUUCAGCUCCUUGGUGCCGGUCCCCACAGCCUCCCCGCCUUCUCGAAACCUGGAUUAACCGAGUUGGCCACUAAAAUCAAGUUGGAAGAUAGCGAAGAUUUUCAGAAAUUGCGCCACUUUAUUGCUGGCGAUAUGACUUGGGAGGACGCCAACUCAACGAUGCGACAGGAUCAACCCAGCAAGGCAGCGCAGUCGGCUUUGACUGCACAGCAUGCCCUCGAGAAAACCGUUGAAUCCAUUUUUCCUCUUGUUAACGUUCUUAAUGAGGAGGCCGGCGCGACAUCCUCCCCCCAAAUCUUCUCCGGAUGGCGCGGCAUCGGCCAGCCCUUGAUUAUUUCCGGCGACAGUGCGCAGUUCGGUCCUUACGUGCGCGACUACAAGAAGCACAUUUUCCGGGAGUUCUUGGCCACGUCGACGCUUGACAUGAUCAAGACUGCUGGAUACCCAACCUUUCUAUUGAAUACGCAGCACCGAGCCAUUGACGGUCAGUUCGAACCGGUCUACGAGAUCUUCUACAGUGAUUUCAAGUCCAUCGAGUCUGCCCCCAGUCAGCACCCUGACGACCACCCUGACGCCCAGCGAAUCGAAGAGGCCUUCGUCGCAGAUUUUGCGGGUCUUGAGUUGUCUCCAGCAGACCGCAUUUUGCCCAUGUUUAUCCAUGUCCCUAACUCUGCGUGCGAGUACAUCGGCAAGUCGAGUCACAGCCCUCUCCAAACCAAGGCGGCCGUCUAUGUGGUCAAGAAGCUUGCCAGCCGCGACAUCAAGGAAGCCGAUAUCAUGGAGACAGUUGCAGAUGUGGCAGAGCCCGCCCUUGGGCCGUUCACUGUCGACGUCGGUGACGAAUGGGAAGUGAGGCUGUUUGCGCAGGUACACGACGCCAUCGUUGCGCUGAAAGAUUACCAAGCAUCGAAGUCCAAGGAGCCUGUCGUAAAGUCGAGUAUUGACUCCGACCUGAACCAGAAGUCUGAUACACCUUCAUCGGAGACCGAGGCCACCACGAAGCCAAUAACUCUUCGGGAACGCUUGACUGCUUUCGUGAGAGAGGCUCAGCAGCCCGUGCUCAAAGCGGCUGCUAACGCUGACAGCUCUUGGAACGGCUCUGACGACCCUCAAAUGUCUGGCGAGAAGACAUCCUCGAACCCUUCUCACAGGUUUGGCACCUCCGGUGAGAACAGCAUUAAGGAUCAUGGUAGUGGGGAGUCCGGUCAACUACGCAAGGAUCGCCCGAAGCGAGAGCAGAUUACGUGCUACAACUGCCAUGAGGUUGGCCACAAGAUCAGUGACUGCAAGAAACCACGGCAGGAGAUAGAUUACAGCAAGAUCCAGUGCAGGAGGUGCAAGAAGUUCGGUCACACCCCCACCAAGUGUGAUCAACCUCCGCCGUCGCGGGGUCCCAACUCUGGCUUCGGCAACGUCAAUACCCCAGGAGCCGAUGACAGCACAUCCAACUACACUGGCUGGUAA